AAAGAGGUGAAAGGUCAGCGGUGUCGAGCAGCGGAUGGAAACGGGGUUUAAAGAGGAAAAUUAGAAGUGAAGGACGAGGUAGUGGAGUGAGAGUCGAAGGCGGCCGGCGGGGAAGUUCACAGACAAGUACCCCUGGUUGAGUGUGUGGAGGAUGCAGAACGAAGACGAUAGAUUAAUUGUCUGACUCCUGCAGAAUAGAAACAGGCUUUUAACCAGUUCCCUUUUAAGACUGCCUGCAUCAAAUCAAAUGUAGGACUUGGAACGUGAGCAAAUUGACACAAGGACCUGCAAUGCUGUUUUUUUUAAAGAUUUUGCACUGCAACAUCUCUGAAAAAGCACCUGUUGCUUCUCAGAACCAAGCUAGGUUUUAACUUUCAAAAUAUCAUCAAAAAUGGCUAGCACAAACAGCAUAGCGCAAGCAAAAAGGACAGUUCGACAACUUAAAGUAGAGGCCAGUAUUGAAAGGAUAAAGGUUUCAAAGGCUUCAGCAGAUCUUGUCCGCUACUGUGAGGAACAUGCCAAAAGUGACCCUCUGCUCAUGGGCAUCCCAACCUCAGAAAACCCCUUUAAGGAUAAGAAGCCUUGCAUUAUAUUAUAGUUAUGAUCACCUUGUGCUUUUCUUUUUAAACAGACCAAUAUUAGAAUAGAUCUUAAUGAUGCCACUUUAAUGCCCUCUGGCAUUCAGACAAAACAGUUUUGUUUUUCUUCCUCAUGUUGGAUUUUUCAUUUCUCCCUUUUUUUCCCCCCAAAAUCAAAUUAGAUUAGAGUCGGGAACAGUUAUGAAUUCAGACCAAAAAGAUGUUUUUUAAAAAAAAAAGUUUAUUUGUGCCAGAACAGAAUAAUGAAGUUCGAAUGUAAUAAAUAACACUUAGAAUAUGCCUUUAUAUUUACCAUAGUUUCGGAAGUUAAAACAAAAGUGUGCAGUUUUUGAACUUGCAAAUGUAUGUGUUAUAUGUAUUUAUCUGAGACCAUUGUCCUCAUUGUUAACCUUGAAGUAGAUCUUUUCCAAUUCAUUGAGUGCAAAACUCUGUGGAUCAAAAGUAGCCACAUUUGACUUCUUUUCCAACCAAAUGCAGUAUACCACUGGAACCCUUGAGUUGAUCCCAAAGUCCUGUCUGCCUUUGGUGAUCUUUGUCAUUCCUCUAUUCAUUCACCCAGAUCCCAUAUUUGUUCAGGAAAUCCAUCGGAUCGAAGAAAAUUAAUAUCUCCCCAGUCACCUGGGCUUUAACAAUGUCCUUCCACAAAGCUUAAGGUUACAUUUAACCUUCAUCAAUGUGACUUCAAUCUGAUGAAGCUUGGAGAGCGGAAGUCACAAACAAAUGCCUCAUGAAAGGCUCAAUGUAGAAAAUCACCUGCAAAGUUUGAGAAACCUAAAACUGCAUCCGCACAAACCAAGGCAGAUGCAACUACUUGAUGUACAAAUGGAGAAGUAAAAACUCUCCAUUGUGUGACUGUGGUUGCCUGCAACAGACCAUGUCAAUGUCCAAUUCACAAAUAUAAAACAGUCAUCAGAGUGAUACACUGCACUAUUCCUGAUGCAACAAUCAGGUUUAAGCACCUGAACUUAAAAUGUAGUUGCUCAACAUCAACAUCAGCCAUAAGAAACAGAGACCAUCCCAUCACUUCUGACUCUCAUCCCUCUGUCCACUUUAUCUUUGCACUGAACCAAGUUUGUGUGUCUCGCCUAGCAUCCUGAAGCCCUUCUGGCUCUGAUCUUCUUGCCUAACCUCCUCCUCUUACCUCAGCAAUGGUGACAGAACGUUUAGCUGCCUCAGUCAGAUUCUUAAACCCUGCCUUUUCUCUUACCUUCAUCUUUUAAAAACCUCAUUAAACACAGGUUUUUUUUUUUUUACAAUGAUUUAAUUCAUCUCUCUUAACUCUCCAGCCAUAUCUCUCCAUAUUGAUGGUUCAAUAUCCAUCACUUUUUAAUUUCCUUCUAUAACACCCAUAGGGGAAUUUUUUUCAGAUUUAUCAUCACAAUCAUUGGUUGAGACUUCCAUCACCAACGUUUUCAAAACGAGGAGGAGUGAGCUUGCCUAUUUACGGUGUACACAGGACCUAUGUUGUCAAUCUCUAACUUUGAUGGCUCAUGUGCAAAUGCAAUAAGUUUGAAAAUUUCCUGUGCAUGGAAGUGCAGGUCAGAUCUCUUUGUGUCAGUGAAAGAAAGGUGAAAUACAGAAAAAUAAAAAUGAGCAAACGUUGUUUUGGCAGCCUGUCCUCCAAUAUGUCCAACAGGUUGUAAAUGGUAAGAACUGAAUGUUGUGAAAACUGCUCAAUAAUUAAACUCACUGGCAUGCAAUUUGAGAUCGAAUAAUAAUACUUUGUUUAACUGGAUUAAGUUUUAUGAAGAAGACUACUUUCAAACCCAUUAGUCCUUGCUUUUAUACUUGAUAAAUUUGGAUCUUUGGUGGUUGCCCCGAUAUGCUGUCCAUAUUCUUUUCGGUUUUUUUAAUAUCUAAAUUCUGGCAAUUGGCAGCAUGAUUAUAAUUUUUAAUGGUGUUCAAAGAAUUUUGUAUCUGCAGUAUUAACUUUGGUAUUGCCUUAGAUCAAUACAAAGAUAAAAUACUAUUUUUUAGGACUUGCCAAAAUGAAAACUUCAAUGCAAAUACCAGUUAAAUGGUAUUAUAUUGCAUGUGAACAAUAUAGAAUAGCUUUAAUUAUUAUAACAAAACACUUUCAAACAUUCUUUUAAUUUGAAUUCCAGGAGCCAGCUCCCAGUAUUUAUGCUAUUAAAUUGAUUUUCAGGAGCCCCUCAGAGGUACAGACAUAUUUUAUCCCAAGUCUGUGAGUCUGCCAUCACCUAAAUGAACAGUAAAUUUUAACAGCAAAUGCACCUGUUAGAAAAAAGAGGUGCAUUGAAGAUGUCACCAUGUGAUCAGUAUUUUACAACCAAACUAAUUUUUGAAUCAUCUAAUUGAGCCUACUUGCAUCCAUGAAAAUCACCUCUUCCAUUUGCAUGUAAGAUAUUAAAUAAUCUGUUCCAUACAAUUCUAUAACUAAACAUGGUUGAAGUAGAACUUGAUUUCUGGUGAUUUGCACAAUUUGAAGUUUAUUAUCACCGUUAUCCCCUUUUAAUUUCUACUCCAAUCUUUAUUCAUUCAAGGGAUGUACGCUUCGCUGGCUAUACCAGCAUUUAUUGUCCAUCCCUAAUUGCCCUUCAGAAGGUGGUGGUGAGCUGCCUUCUUGAACUGCUGUAGGUACACCCAUAGUGCUGUC